AUGGAGGACAUGCCAAUGCCUCGUGGCGGCAGCAGCUCUGGCUAUGGCGGCGACCGCCCAACCUUUGGCUCUUCGGGCGGAGGAGGAUUUGGAGCAGACCGCGGAGGCAGCUUUGGUGGGUGCAGCAGCCGCACCUUCUCUAUACGUGCUGACAUGUGUAUAGCCGACCGUGGAUUCGCCAUGCGCGAGGAGCUCCCCCUCCCCUCAAAGCCCCCGUACACCGCCCACUUGGGCAACUUGUCCUUCGACGCCACCGAGGGUGACGUGAACGACUUCUUCGCUGACUGCGAAGUCACAAACGUUCGCAUUGUCGAGGACAAGCUGGACCGCAAGCCGAAAGGUUUCGGGUACGUCGAAUUUGGCUCUGUCGAUGGCCUGAAGAAGGCCCUCGCAUUGUCUGGCACGCAGUUCCAGGGCAGAAAUGUCAGGAUCUUCCCGGCCAGCGACGCACAUCUGACCGCGGUGCUGGCUUCAGCCGUGGCGGUGGUGGUUACGAUGCUGCCUCCGACGCAGGCAGCGACCGGGGCGAACGCCGCAGCACACUGCGCUCCCUUCGCCGGCGACGGAAAGGAGCGCGACUUCGGCAACUGGGAGCGCAAGGGCCCUCUCUCUCCGGCAGCAGCAGCACCAAAUGCCAUGGCAAGAGAAGGCAGGCAACCGAGCUUCCAGGGUGGUGCCCGUGAGCACAGGCAAUCCCCCGCCUGGGGUGAAGGACGCGAGGACAGCGGCUCUCGUGGACCCCGUCGCGAGUUCCAGCCAUCAGAGCGACCGCCUCCCGUAGAGAGAGCACCCACUGCGGCUGAUCAGGACAGCCAGUGGCGCACUAAGAUGCGCCCAGAUGCUCCCGCAUCCGCAUCCCCUACAGGCACUCCGGAUGGCAGCACGCCAUCUUCCCCUGCGCCCGCAGCUGCUGCGCCUGCCGGCCGCCCAAGGCUCAACCUCGCUAAGCGAACAGUCUCUGAGGCCCAGCCACAAGCAGAGGCAGCUUCUUCAUCCAACAAGCCCAACCCCUUCGGCGCAGCUCGCCCCAUCGACACAGCAGCUCGCGAGAAGGAGAUCGAAGAGAAGAAGCAGCUUGAGUUGCGACAAAAGAAGGAGGCUGACGACAAGGCUCGUGAAGAGAGGAAGGCCAAGGAAGCCGAGAAGGCCGCCGCCGCCAAAGACGCAGCACCUGCUGACAAGGCGAAGUCUCCAUCUGAGGAGAAGCCAAAGGCGAACUUCGAGAUUCUUCAGCGAGAGAACGAGGAGGGCACCGCCGCAGGCCAGGACGAGGAUGCCGAGGGCGAGAUUGUGGACGACAAGGCCGUGAAGCCCCAAGAGGUUGUCCGUGACCCCCCGAAGUCAGCUGGAGCUUGGAGACGUAAGGACGAUGCGUCGCCUGCCGCCGAAGGCAGCACAACCGAGAAAUUGGACGAAGAUGGCUGGAGUACGGUAGCGAAGCCCAAGAAGACUCAGGGCCGCCGCGGUGGACCUCCAACUCGUGCAAUUGCAUCUUAGGUGGACACGCAUUGACACCUGACUUGUUCGCGGUUUUUUCCCUGGUUAUAUUCGAGCAUGAUCGCAACGUCGCGCACAUUUCCCGGCGUGAUGGAGUUUUCAUGAGACACUGCAGUCUGUUCAACCGAUGGACGACCUUUGUCCUCGAUGGCGGUCUCGACUAUUGUUGCAUUACGUGUUUAUGCCCUGCUUCCCUUUUGUAUUGGCUGCACAAUACCUCGGUACGAUCGAUGGCCAUGCGUCCAUGACUCCUUACGAUCAUGGCUUUCCUUAUGCACACUGUAUUCCAAAAGUUGUUGGUUUUCCGUUGCAUCCCCUCUCUUUCAUAUACGCUGGGAUCAAAAUCUAUAUGGUUGGCCAUCUUUUCGAUUACCAGUACGCGUAUGCUGUAGCAUGAUGGAGAGCAGUACAGAGAUGGAAGUGAUUGAUGGUAAGGUUGCGGCGAGCGGCAACAAACGGUUUCUUUCAAAAUAGACGUAAGGGUGCUCGGGCAUGUAUUUAGCAACUAGAUAGCUUGCUGAAGAGAUUAUCCACUCCACUCAUACUCCA